AUGGGAACGAGCCGCCCCAACGCGGAGGGAGUCCUUCCCGCAGAGCAGCCGCCGCCCGUGCCCAGCGAGCCCCCGGUGUCCCCGUCUCGCACCCCUGGGCAGGAUGUGGCACAGCAGCAGGCCCCGGCCUCCAGCACGCCCACGGAUGCGGAGGGCGAGGAGGCCGGGCGCGCGCGUGACGGAGGGACGUGCAUCCCGCGGCGUGGAGGGGCCCGGCGGGAAGGCCGCCCUGUGUCCCCCGGGAGCCCUGAGGCGGAGUCGUGCUGCAGCUGGCCCGCGGGCUGUGGGGACAGGCCUCCGGGCGAGCCCCGUGCGGCUCCAGGGGGCUCUCCGGCCCCCGGCCCUCCGGAGCCGCCGUGGCACCCUUCCGCCCCCACAGAGGAGACCGGCCACAUUGUGCUCGCCCUGGAGGAGGGCGGCCCCCGGGCUGCCCCCGGCCCAGAAGCGCCUGCGGGAGAAGAGGACGAGGAGGGCACGGAGCAGGGCGCGCUCCUCCCGGGCAGCCCCGAGCCGGGGGCCGCGGAGCCGUCCUGCUGCAUUCAGGCCGAGGACGGCGGCGAGCGCGAGUGCCCGAUCUGCACGGAGCUGUACGACUCUGGCCCCCGCCGGCCGGCCCUGCUCAACUGCGGCCACGCGCUGUGCGGCCAGUGCCUGCACGCCAUCAUGGCAGCCGGCAGCGCCGCGGACAUCGGCCGCAUGCGCUGCCCCAUGUGCCGCCAGAAGACGCCCAUGAUGGAGUGGGAGAUCGCCCGGCUGCAGGAGGAGCUGCUGCUGCUGAGCUCGGCGCCGGGGCCGGCCCUGGCGCCCCCCACCCCGCACCUGUUGCCGGCCCGGCGGCCGGGCUUCUGGGGGGGCCUGGAGCACCACUUCCAGGUGCGCUUCCACACCGGCCGCGCGGUCGGCUUCCUCCCCUGCCUGCGCUACCCGCGCUGCCUGGUGGGCGGCCUGGCCCGGCUGCGGGAGGGCUGCCGCCCGGGCUACCUGCUGGUGCUGCUGGUGCUGCUUGGGGCCGAGAUGCUCAGCCUGCUGGUCUUCUUCCUGCCCCUUGCGCUGCUGCUGCUGGUCUUCCUCUUCCUGGACAGGUAGGGGCUGCGGGCCUGGCGGCUCGGCUCUGCUCGGCUCGGCUCGGCUCGGCUCGGCUCGGCUCGGCGCCUGCGAGGAACAGGCUGGAGAGGACGCGGCUCCCGAGCAGGACAGGAUGGAGCCGUUGAGUCAGUGCUGCCGGCGCUCCCCAGGGGCCCUGGUCCUCCCGAGCGCCGGCAGGACCAGCCUUCCCAACUUCCGAGCAGUGGCACAGGGGCUUCGGACCCCUUGGCAGGAACACUGCUCCUCUUCCGCUUGCCAAAGGACUAGAGACUGGGGUAGCCCCCCACUUGCGGACCCUGGUGCACUUUGGUGGGUCCGGACCAUGCCUGGGGAAGGGCUACCCCCAGAGGUCGCCGGUCUGUGGAAAGGAAGGGCAGGGGUCUCGGAGGGAAUUCGUGUGGCAACUGCCCAGUGGACGCCGGGCGGCGCUGGAGUGGAGAGGGAGCCCAGGCGGGGGCCAAGGGAGGAUCCGCCGUGGCAUCGGGGCUGCCGCGUCUCGCCCUCUUGCGCGUGCGAGGCAGGCCAGAAAGAAAA